AUGGCAUAUGUAAUUUCAAACAUCUAUUACUCAAGAAUUUUGUUAUCAUUCUUUAUUACACCAAUCUUGAAUAUUAUAUAUUUGGAAAUUUAUUUUUACUUCUAUCCUUUGUUAUAAGAACUAAAUAAAGUUGCUCAUCCUAAAUAAUACAUGAAUAUUCAUCCAUCAUUAGAUUUGUAAUUGACUAUUUUAUUAUUAAUAUAGUUAAAAACAUUUUAUAGGUUUUCAUCAUUGAUUGCUAGUGUUUGUCUCUCAUUAAAAUUAAGUUAAUAUGUUGAAUGGACCUGGCCUUAAGCUUUCUGGUGGUAUUGGAUGUUUUUAAGUGCUUUAGUUGGUACUUGCUUCACUUUAAUUAUUAUACUCAUAUCUAAAAUUAUUAAUGAAAUCUUCAAGCAAUAUCAGACAGUUUCUUAAGAAUGUAAAAUCUAUUUUAAUCUAGAUAAAUCUAUCCUUUGGGCUCUCUAUAUUUCAAUCAUCAGUAGUAUUCUAACUGUUAUGUGGAUUAUUAAUACCUUUAAUAAACUUGGUUUAGAUUUACCCAUCAAAAUUGGUGAAGUUUUAUUUUAUUCAACUAUCUCUUUUAAUUUGAUUAUCUUUUGUGCCAUCACUAAAUUAUUAUGGGAUCCAAUUAUUGAUUACUGUGUUUACUUAUUACAAUCUUAAUCUAAUGAUACUGAAUAAUAAAGGGAAUUACCAACGAAUUAAAUAGUUCAAAAUAAAUUAUAUGAAAAAAGAAAAGCCAUUCACUUAAUUAUCUUAAAAAAAUUAUCCUCUGCUUUUUUUAGGUAAACUACUAAAGAAGAUCUUCUCUAAUCAUCAUAAAAAUUAACUGAAUUAAUGACAGAAAGAGGAUAAACAAAAAAAAUACUCUAGUCAGUUGAAAUUGAAACUAAAUAAAUAUAAGUAAACUAAAAUAAAAUUAAUGAAUCUAAUUAAAAAUGUAUAAUCUGUUGUGAUAAUCCACCUAAUGCUGUUUUAAUGAUUUGUGGUCAUGGUGGAAUAUGUUAUAAAUGUGGAUUAGAAAUGGCAUAAAAAAACAAAGAAUGUUUUCUAUGUAGAUAAUAAAUUGUUUUUAUUUAUGAAAUCUCAAAUUUCAAUGAUGAUCUUAUGAAAGUAGUAACAAUAACUAAAUUUAAUUACUGA